AUUUCGUUGCGACGUCCCGCCGCCGCGGUCGACCGCAACUGCCCGCCGCAAUGCACUGAUAUCAUUGUUUUCAAAUCGACGCAUUUUCGUUGACACGUCUCGACCUGUCGGCUAGGCGUUCAGCCGUCGACGGCUGCGUCUUGACUUGACUGCUACAAGGAGCAGUCCAGACGCGGCCGCCGAUCAUUUUGGUUUCAAAAAUGUCCCGAAAAAGAGAAUUGGCUUCUGCAGAUGAGAUUUUAAUACGCACGGUGGAGCAAUAUCCGUGCUUGUAUGAUCACGAGCACAAAGACUUUAAAGAUUUUCAGAUCCGUGAAAAUUGUUGGAAUGACAUCGCUUCAGCGUUAGGAAAACGUCCUGAUGAAUGCAAAUCUCGAUGGAAAAACAUUCGAGAUAACUUUCUUAAACACAAAAGGAAGCAAAAGAUAGGAACAGGGAGUGCAGCAUCAGCGAAACCGCCGAAAUGGGCGUUAUUUGAAUAUCUGAAGUUUCUAGAUAACGUGAAAUCCGAACGACAAAACAUCAGUAAUGUCAAUGAAGCUGCCACCGGCAUUGAGGAAAAUAUAGAUAGGGAACUUAGUGAAGAAGAGGUGGACACUUCUCUCAAUGUGGAUAAUGCACUAGUUGAUGAUGACCUGUCUUCACCGCCACCUUCCGAUUAUCCGAGGCAGGAGAAAAAACUGCGUCAGAAUGCCAUCGACAAAUCACGUUCUAGUACCCCAGACAGCUAUGCAGGUUCAACUUCUUCAAAACGAAGCCAACGCAAAAAUCUCUUUUUGGAGAAUGUUGAAGAAAGAUCCAAACAAAGGAUGCAAAUGUUGUCUGCUUUAACCCAAAAACCCGAAGAUGAUGAGAUUGAUUUAUUUUUCAAAAGUAUAGCGAUGACUGUUAAAAAAUUGCCUCCUCAUCAAAUAGCGAAAGCUAAACUGGGAAUUUUGACAUUAGUUACCGAAUUACAGGCGUCACCGGAAUUACAUACGAACGAACCAACACGUACCUGUACUUCAAGAUCACAACAGAAUUUAUUAGCGCCUUUAACGUCGGUUUCAACUGAUUCCAGCACUCCAAGUUCUCAGGAAAAUGUAGUAUUAACACCAUUAACGUCCGUAUCUGUAUAUAAUUCAUCUGAUAUGCAGUACAGUUUGGAAAAUAUUAGAUACGGCUGGACUAACCAGUAACGUUUAUUUUUCAUGUUCAUUGUUUAAGCGUUUGGAGUUUCUUAAUAAUAUAAAAUCUUUAAAACUUUGUUUUUUCUUACCUUAACGCCAAUGCCAACUUUUCUUCCGGAGAUAUAGG